AUGAGCAUCAUCAACCAGAAGACUCUGCAGGCUAAUGUCCAGCUUGGACGUAAAAAAGUUGCAUCGUCGACCAAGUUUCAGACGGUGAAUGGCGAGGUGACAAGUGAUGGCAGUGCAGUCGUUCAGUUUCGAUUUGCAUCCCUCAAGCCAAUCAUCACUCACAGGUUUGAAAUUCUGGAGAAGAGCCAAGAUGCUAUGGUGAUUGGUCGGGACAUCAUGACGUCAUUGGGCAUUGUGCUCAAUUUCAAAGAAAAGGUUGUUCAGUGGGAUGGCCACUACGCGCACCUUAAUACCGGUGGGUCACGCUCUUUCGAGGUGAUCGAUUACGAAUUUUUCGAAGAAAGCAAAGAAAUUGCUGAAAGUGCAGUCCUACCAGAAGAACUCAUGCCCGACACACUACCCAACUCUCUCGUCGACGAAUAUCAUCAUCUUCUUCGUGCUAACAAGAGCUUGUACGAUGGUCACUUGGGAAGAAUGAGGUUCGAAGAUUACAUCUUGCCUAUCUCACCUGACUACAAGCCCGUUCACGCCAAGCCAUAUCCUGUCUUACGUAGCCUCGAAGGAAAGGCGCGAGAGCUAAUUCAGCAUCUGAUUAGCAUCGACGUGCUGGAGAAGAUCUACGAUUCGGAAAUGGCAUCGCCAGCCUUUUUUCUGAAGAAACCCAACGGCUCCCUGCGUUUACUGAUCGACUUUCGUGGGCUCAACCGAUUUUUGCAGCGCAGCCCAUACUACGUCCCACGUAUUCGAGAGAUUUUAUUACGUCUCGCGGGAGCGAAGUGUCUUUCUACGCUGGAUGCAAACAUGAGGUACUACGCGCGUCGUCUCGCUACGUCAAGUCGUAAUUACACUGCAUUCUGCUUACCUUUCGGGAAGUUCCAGUACAAGCGGCUCCCAAUGGGAAUUUCUACGGCGCCGUACGAGUAUCAAGCGUGCAUGGAAAAGAUAUUUGGUGACCUGGAUUUUGUCGUCGUUUAUCUGGACGAUAUUCUCGUUUAUUCUAGUAGCGAGAAGACUCACCUUAAGCACCUGGGUAUUGUGUUCAAGCGUCUAAAGAAGUAUGAUGUUACGCUUAACGGCAAGAAGUGCCACAUUUUACGCGAGUCUGUUGACUAUCUUGGCUUCACUCUUACAUCCGAGGGGAUUCAUCCCCAGCAGACGAAGAUUCAAGCGAUCCAACAGAUCGCCGUACCCGAGACCAGAAAGGAGCUACGCCGCUUCCUCGGGAUGAUUAAUUACUACAGGGACAUGGUACCGAACAAGACGACAUUAUGCCAGCCACUUAACCGCUUCACCAGCGCUAAAGUCCCUUUCGAAUGGCUACCCAGUGACACGGAAGCAUUUCACGCUGUUCAGAAAGCGUUUGCGCAAGCGGUCCUGCUCGCGUUUCCCGAUUUCGAGCAGCCAUUUCACGUUUAUGCUGACGCCAGCGGUAAGCAGAUCUGCGGCAUCAUAAUGCAAAGAAAUCAGAUCCUUGCAUGCUACUCGCGAAGUCUGAACAAGCACCAAGUGAAUUACACUACUAUGGAACUCGAGCUUCUUUCGAUCGUGGAAUGUUGUUCCACGAUGUUGCGCGAAUAUCGCACCAUGUUGCUCGGUUUUCCUGUGGUCGUUCACACCGACCCCAAGAACCUCAUAUAUCCUACCGAGCCCAGCCUGCGAGGCAAGCGCUGGAAGCUUCUCCUCUCGGAGUACCGCCUCUCGAUGCACUACAUUAAGGGGGCCAAAAAUGUUGGUGCUGACGCUUUUUCGCGGAUGCGAUUUGAUAAAUUAGAGACAAACUCUAAGUUGCAGCUUGCGGAGGAGGCUUGUUCGACGACGGAUGAGCCAUACUGUGUCAUGCAUGGUCCUGUCCUACAAGAGCACCAAGAGAAAGACGCCAUGAUCCAGAAGAUCAAGACUUCCUGCCUUAAAGGCAACAACAACCCCGACUACCAGCUCCUACCGCUACUUGGCUGCACACUGGUUGCGUACCGAAAGCGCGUCAUUGUGCCCGACAGCCUGCGCGAUGACCUAAUUAAUUGGUACCAUUUGAGUCUCAGCCACCCGGGAAGUGAACGCCAGUACUAG